GAGGCGAGCAGUCCGAAGGACUCGGCAGGACAGCGAGCUGGUGGCUGCCGGCAGCGCCGAGCGAACCAGCGAACGAGGCCGGGCCAUGGGGCAGCGGGCAGUGGGCUCGCUGCUGCUGGGGCUGCUGCUGCACGCGCGGCUGCUAGCGGUGGCACUCGGGCUGAGGGCCUACGAUGGCCUUUCCCUCCCUGAGGACACAGAGACUGUCACAGCGGGCCGGUAUGGCUGGACCUAUUCAUACCUCUCUGACGAUGAGGACCUGCUGGCUGAUGACGCAUCAGGAGAUGGCCUUGGCAGCGGAGACCCUGGCAGCGGGGAGUUCCAGAUGGUCUAUUUCCGGGCUCUGGUAAAUUUUACUCGGUCCAUUGAGUACAGCCCCCAGCUGGAGGAUGCAAGGGCCAAGGAGUUCCGAGAGGUUUCGGAGGCUGUGGUAGACAAGCUGGAGUCCGAGUACUUGAAGAUCCCUGGAGACCAGGUUGUCAGUGUGGUGUUCAUCAAGGAACUGGAUGGCUGGGUCUUUGUUGAACUGGAUGUUGGCUCCGAAGGGAAUGCGGAUGGAUCUCAGAUUCAAGAGGUGCUACAUACGGUGGUCUCCAGUGGCUCCAUCGGCCCCUAUGUCACCUCCCCCUGGGGGUUCAAGUUCCGACGCCUGGGCACAGUGCCUCAUUUCCCAAGAGUCUGCACGGAGACAGAGUUUGCUUGCCACAGCUAUAAUGAGUGCGUGGCUCUGGAGUAUCGCUGUGACCGGAGGCCUGACUGCAGGGACAUGUCCGAUGAGCUCAACUGUGAGGAGGCAGUCCCCGAGCUCAGCUCCUUGCCACCUGCUGUGGUGAAGGUGCCGCUCUGGCCAGAGGCAGCCACAACACUUCCACCGCCAGUCACACAUGGACCUCAGUUUCUGUUACCUGGUGUUCCUGGACCUGGUGUUCCUGGGGCCUGUGGGCCCCAGGAGGCCUCGUGCCACAGUGGGCACUGCAUCCCCCGAGACUACCUCUGUGAUGGGCAGGAAGACUGCAAGGAUGGCAGCGACGAACUGGGCUGUGAGCCCCCUCCACCCUGUGAGCCUAAUGAGUUCGCCUGUGAAAAUGGACACUGUGCUCUCAAGCUGUGGCGAUGUGACGGUGACUUUGACUGUGAGGAUCGGUCAGACGAGGCCAACUGUCCUGUCAAGCAACCUGGGGACGUAUGUGGGCCCACACACUUCCAGUGUGUCUCCACCAACCGUUGCAUCCCGGCCAGCUUCCACUGUGACGAGGAAUCCGACUGUCCCGACCGCAGCGAUGAGUUUGGCUGCAUGCCUCCCCAGGUGGUGACACCUCCCCAGCAGUCCAUCCAGGCUUCCCGGGGCCAGACAGUGACUUUCACCUGCGUAGCCACUGGUGUCCCCACACCCAUCAUCAACUGGAGGCUCAACUGGGGCCACAUCCCUGUUAAUCCCAGGGUGACAAUGACCAGCGAGGGUGGGCGUGGCACGCUGAUCAUCCGGGAUGUGAAGGAGGCAGACCAGGGCGCCUACACCUGUGAGGCCAUGAACUCACGUGGCAUGGUGUUCGGCAUUCCGGAUGGCGUGCUGGAGCUCGUCCCGCAGCGAGGGCCCUGCCCCGAUGGGCACUUCUACCUGGAGGACAGUGCCUCCUGCCUGCCCUGCUUCUGCUUUGGAGUAACCAACGUGUGUCAGAGCAGCCUGCGCUUCCGGGACCAGAUCCGGCUGAGCUUCGACCAGCCCAAUGACUUCAAGGGUGUGAAUGUGACGAUGCCCUCGCAGCCUGGGGUGCCGCCCCUCUCCUCCACCCAGCUGCAGAUAGACCCUGCCCUGCAGGAGUUCCAGCUGGUUGACCUGUCCCGCCGCUUCCUUGUCCACGAUGCUUUCUGGGCCCUACCCAAGCAGUUUCUAGGCAACAAGGUGGACUCCUAUGGUGGCUUCCUGCGCUACAAGGUGCGCUAUGAGCUGGCCCGAGGCAUGCUGGAGCCGGUGCAGAAACCAGACGUGAUCCUUGUGGGUGCGGGGUACCGCCUCCACUCUCGAGGCCACACCCCCACCCAGCCCGGAACUCUGAACCAGCGCCAGGUCCAGCUCUCAGAGGAACACUGGGUACAUGAGUCUGGCCGGCCUGUCCAGCGGGCUGAGAUGCUACAGAUCCUGGCGAGCCUUGAGGGUGUCCUGCUGCAGACAGUGUAUAACACCAAGAUGACCAGUGUGGGGCUGAGUGACGUUGUCAUGGACACCACUGUCACCCAUACCACCAUCCAUGGCCGUGCUCACAGUGUGGAGGAGUGCAGAUGCCCCAUUGGCUAUUCUGGUUUGUCUUGCGAGAGCUGUGACGCCCACUUCACCCGAGUGCCUGGCGGGCCCUACCUGGGCACUUGCUCUGGCUGUAAUUGUAAUGGCCAUGCCAGCUCCUGUGACCCUGUCUAUGGCCACUGUCUGAACUGCCAGCACAACACGGAAGGACCUCAGUGUGACAAGUGUAAGCCUGGCUUCUUUGGAGAUGCCACACAGGCCACAGCCACUGCGUGCCGGCCCUGCCCCUGCCCAUACAUUGAUGCUUCCCGAAGGUUUUCAAACACUUGCUUCCUGGACACCGAUGGCCAAGCCACCUGUGACGCUUGUGCUCCAGGCUACACAGGCCGCCGUUGUGAGAGCUGUGCCCCUGGAUAUGAAGGCAACCCCAUCCAGCCAGGCGGGAAGUGCAGGCCUACCAACCAGGAAAUUGUGCGCUGCGAUGAGCGAGGGAGCCUGAGUACCACAGGAGAGGCUUGCCGGUGUAAGAACAAUGUCGUGGGGCGCUUGUGCAACGAGUGCUCGGACGGCUCUUUCCACCUGAGCAAGCAAAACCCCGACGGCUGCCUCAAGUGCUUCUGCAUGGGAGUCAGUCGCCAGUGCAGCAGCUCCUCCUGGAGCCGUGCCCAGGUGCUCGGGGCCUCGGAAGAGCCUUCUCAGUUCAGCCUGACCAACGCCGCCGGUACCCACACCACUGGCGAGGGGGUCUCAUCCCCCGCCCCUGGGGAGCUGCUAUUCUCUUCCUUCCAAAACCUCCUGUCUGAACCCUACUUCUGGAGUCUUCCUGCCAGCUUCCGAGGGGACAAGGUGACAUCCUACGGAGGAGAGCUGCGCUUCACCGUGACCCAGCGGCCCCGGCCCAGUUCUGCACCCCUGCACAGACAGCCAUUGGUGGUGUUGCAGGGCAACAACAUUGUGUUGGAGCAUCACACCUCCAGGGAGCCCAGCCCUGGCCAGCCCAGCAACUUCAUAGUGCCCUUCCAAGAGCAAGCAUGGCAGAGGCCUGAUGGGCAGACAGCCACACGGGAGCACCUGCUGAUGGCCCUGGCAGGCAUCGAUGCCCUCCUCAUCCAAGCGUCUUACACCCAGCAGCCAGCGGAGAGCAGGCUCUCUGGUAUCAGCAUGGAUGUGGCGGUGCCGGAGAACACCGGCCAGGACUCAGCCCGAGAAGUAGAACAGUGUACCUGCCCCCCUGGUUACCGCGGCCCUUCCUGCCAGGACUGUGACACGGGCUACACACGUGUGCCCAGCGGGCUCUACCUGGGCACCUGUGAGCGCUGUAACUGCCACGGCCACUCAGAGACCUGUGAGCCCGAGACAGGGGCGUGCCAGAGCUGCCAGCACCACACUGAGGGUGCCAGCUGUGAGCAGUGCCAGCCAGGGUACUAUGGGGAUGCCCAGCGGGGCACACCGCAGGACUGCCAGCCCUGCCCAUGCUACGGAGCCCCUGCUGCUGGCCAGGCUGUGCAUACUUGUUUCCUGGACACCGAUGGCCACCCAACCUGUGACUCGUGCUCACCAGGCCACAGCGGGCGUCACUGUGAGAGGUGUGCCCCAGGUUACCAUGGCAACCCCAGCCAGGGCCAGCCCUGCUACAGAGAUGAUGGUCAGGUGCCAGAGGUGCCAGGCUGUGGCUGUGACCCCCAUGGCAGCAUUAGCAGCCAGUGUGACGCAACUGGUCAGUGCCAAUGCAAGGCCCAGGUGGAAGGCCGUACUUGCAGCCAGUGCCGACCCCACCACUUCCAUCUGAGUGCCAGCAACCCGGAAGGCUGCCUGCCCUGUUUCUGCAUGGGUGUCACCCAGCAGUGUGCCAGCUCCUCUUACUCACGCCAGCUGAUCUCUACCCACUUUGCUCCUGGAGACUUCCAAGGCUUUGCUCUCGUGAACCCUCAGCGCAACAGCCAACUGACAGGGGGCUUCACCGUGGAACCCGUGCCUGAUGGGGCCCGGCUCUCUUUCAGCAACUUUGCCCACCUCGGCCAAGAGUCCUUCUACUGGCAGCUGCCAGAACCAUACCAAGGGGACAAGGUGGCAGCCUAUGGCGGGAAGCUACGCUAUACCCUCUCCUACACAUCCGGGCCACAGGGGAGCCCACUCUCAGAUCCUGAUAUCCAGAUCACGGGUAAUAACAUCAUGUUGGUAGCCUCUCAGCCUGCGCUACAGGGCCCAGAGAGGAGGAGCUAUGAGAUCAUCUUCCGAGAGGAGUUCUGGCGGCGGCCAGAUGGCCAACCCGCAACCCGGGAGCAUUUGCUCAUGGCCCUGGCGGAUCUGGAUGAACUUCUGAUUCGGGCCACAUUCUCCUCAGUGCCACGGGCAGCCAGUAUCAGUGCCGUGAGCCUAGAAGUGGCCCAGCCGGGGCCCUCCAGUGGACCCCGAGCCCUCGAGGUGGAAGAGUGCCGCUGCCCCCCAGGCUAUGUUGGCUUGUCCUGCCAGGACUGUGCCCCAGGCUACACGCGCACCGGGAGCGGACUGUACCUUGGCCACUGCGAGUUGUGUGAAUGCAAUGGCCACUCCGACGUGUGUCACCCCGAGACUGGAGCCUGUUCGCGGUGUCAGCACAACACAGCCGGUGAGUUCUGUGAGCUGUGUGCAACUGGCUACUAUGGAGACGCCACGGCUGGCACACCUGAGGACUGCCAGCCCUGCGCCUGCCCGCUGACCAACCCAGAGAACAUGUUCUCCCGCACCUGUGAGAGCCUUGGAGCUGGAGGGUACCGCUGCACCGCCUGUGAACCUGGCUACACCGGGCAGUACUGUGAGCAGUGUGCCCCAGGCUAUGAGGGUAACCCCAAUGUACAAGGAGGCCGGUGCCAGCCGCUGACAAAAGAGUCCCUGGAGGUUCAGAUCCAUCCCUCUCGGAGCGUGGUUCCCCAGGGCGGCCCACACUCGCUGAGGUGCCAGGUUAAUGGGAGCCCACCGCACUACUUCUACUGGUCCCGAGAAGACGGGCGGCCCUUGCCCAGUGGUGCUCAACAGCGACAUCAAGGCUCUGAGCUCCACUUCCCCAGCGUGCAGCCCUCCGACGCCGGCGUCUACAUCUGCACCUGCCGCAACCUGAUUCACACCAGCAACAGCAGGGCCGAGCUACUGGUCGCUGAGGCUCCCAGCAAGCCCAUCACGGUGACAGUGGAGGAGCAGCGCAGCCAGAGUGUGCGGCCUGGAGCUGACGUCACCUUCAUCUGCACGGCCAAGAGCAAAUCCCCAGCCUACACCCUGGUAUGGACCCGUCUGCACAACGGGAAGCUGCCAUCCCGCGCUAUGGACUUCAACGGCAUCCUGACCAUUCGCAACGUGCAGCCAAGUGAUGCGGGCACCUACGUGUGUACCGGCUCCAACAUGUUCGCCAUGGACCAGGGCACCGCCACGCUGCAUGUUCAGGUCUCAGGCACCUCCGCUGCCCCUGUGGCUUCCAUACACCCGCCGCAGCUCACUGUGCAGCCGGGACAACAGGCUGAGUUCCGCUGUAGCGCCACAGGGAACCCCACCCCCAAUCUGGAAUGGAUAGGGGGUCCUAGUGGCCAGCUUCCUGCAAAGGCUCAGAUCCACCUCGGCAUCCUGCGCCUGCCAGCCAUCGAACCCUCGGAUCAGGGCCAGUACCUGUGCCGCGCCGUCAGCAGUGCUGGGCAGCAUGUGGCCAGGGCCAUGCUUCAAGUGCACGGGGGCAGUGGACCCAGGGUCCAGGUGAGCCCCGAGAGGACCCAGGUGUAUGAGGGUCGCACGGUGAGGCUGUAUUGCAGGGCAGCAGGGGUACCCAGUGCCAGCAUCACCUGGAGGAAGGAGGGAGGCAGCCUGCCCCCACAGGCCCGGUCAGAGAACACGGACAUCCCCACCCUGCUCAUCCCGGCCAUUACAACCGCUGAUGCUGGCUUCUACCUCUGUGUGGCCACCAGCCCCACGGGCACUGCCCAGGCCCGCAUCCAGGUGGUCGUCCUCUCAGCUUCGGGUGCCAGCUCAGUGCCAGUCAGGAUCGAAUCCUCAUCGCCGUCCGUGACCGAAGGACAGACACUAGACCUCAACUGUGCGGUGAUGGGGUUGACCUAUACCCAGGUCACAUGGUACAAGCGAGGGGGCAGCCUGCCUCCCCAUGCCCAGGUCCACGGCUCCCGGCUGCGGCUCCCCCAGGUCUCACCAGCGGAUUCUGGAGAAUAUGUGUGCCGAGUGGAGAGUGACUCGGGCCCUAAGGAGGCUUCCAUUGUUGUCUCUGUCCUUCACAGCCCCCAUUCAGGCCCCAGCUACACCCCAGCCACCGGCAGCACCCCACCCAUCCGCAUUGAAUCCUCCUCCUCCCACGUGGCCGAAGGACAAACCCUAGAUCUGAACUGCGUGGUGCCCGGGCAGGCACAGGUGACGUGGCGCAAACGUGGAGGCAGCCUUCCCGCCCGGCACCAGACCCAUGGUGCCCUGCUGAGACUACACCAGGUGUCCCCUGCUGACUCAGGCGAGUAUGUGUGCCACGUCGUCCUGGGCUCUGAGCACAUAGAAACCUCUGUCCUGGUCACCAUCGAACCAGCUGAGUCCAUGCCUGCCCCUAGACCUGUUCCUCCUGUCAGAAUUGAGUCCUCAUCCUCCACUGUGACUGAGGGUCAGACGCUGGAUCUCUACUGUGUGGUGCCAGGACAGGCCCACGCACAGGUCACAUGGUACAAGCGAGGGGGCAGCCUGCCUGCUCGGCAUCAGGUCCGCGGCUCCCGCCUGCACAUCUUCCAGGCCUCCAUAGAGGAUGCUGGAGAGUAUGUUUGCAGGGCAGGCAAUGGGCAGGAAGCCACCAUCACAGUCACUGUCACGAAGAGCCCAGGGGCCAACUUUGCCCACCCCCCGGGUAGCACGUCAGCCAUUCGCAUUGAGUCAUCUUCCUCUCACGUGGCUGAGGGCCAGACCCUGGAUCUAAAUUGUGUGGUGCAAGGACAGCCCCAUGCCCAGGUCACGUGGCUCAAGAGAGGAGGCAGCCUGCCCGCCAGGCACCAGACCCAUGGCUCCCUGCUGCGACUGCACCAGGUGUCUCCAGUUGACUCAGGAGAAUACGUGUGCCGAGUGGAGGGAGGGCCCGUGCCUCUGGAGAGUUCUGUACUGGUUUCCAUUGAGCCUGCGGGCGCUGUGCCUGCACUCGGGGUCACCCCGGCAGUCCGAAUCGAGUCAUCUUCCUCCCACGUGUCGGAAGGGCAGAGCCUGGAUCUGAACUGCCUUGUGGCUGGGCAGACUCACCCCCAGAUCUCCUGGCACAAGCGUGGGGGCAGCCUUCCUGUCCGGCAUCAGGUACAUGGCUCAAGGCUGAGACUGCUCCAGGUGACCCCAGCUGAUUCUGGAGAGUAUGUGUGCCGAGUCCUCAGUGGCUCGGGCACCCAUGAAGCUUCUGUCCUUGUCACCAUCCAGCAGCACCUCAGCCCCUCCCACUCCCAGAGCGUGGUACACCCCGUGCGCAUCGAAUCCUCGUCACCUUCGCUGGCCAAUGGGCACACUCUGGACCUGAACUGCCUGGUUGCCAGCCUCACCCCUCACACCAUCACCUGGUAUAAGCGUGGAGGCAGCUUACCCAGCCGGCAUCAGAUUGUGGGCUCCCGCCUCCGGAUCCCUCAAGUGACCCCAGCAGACUCCGGAGAGUACGUGUGUCACGUCAGUAACGGCGCUGGCUCCCAGGAGACUUCUCUCAUCGUUACCAUUGAGAGCAGAGGGCCAUCCCAUGUGCCCAGUGUCUCCCCACCCAUGAGGAUUGAGACCUCAUCUCCCACAGUGACAGAAGGACAGACCCUGGAUCUGAACUGUGUGGUGGUCGGGCGGCCCCAGGCCACCAUCACAUGGUACAAGCGUGGAGGCAGCCUGCCAGUCCGACACCAGGCCCAUGGCUCUCGACUACGGCUACACCAGAUGUCCGUGGCUGACUCCGGCGAGUAUGUGUGCCGAGCCAACAACAACAUUGACGCCCAGGAGACCUCCAUCAUGGUCUCUGUCUCCCCCAGCACCAAUAGCCCUCCUGCCCCCGCCAGCCCUGCACCCAUCAGAAUCGAGUCUUCCUCUUCACAUGUGGCUGAGGGACAGACCCUGGAUCUGAACUGUGUGGUCCCCGGUCAGGCCCACGCCCAAGUCACCUGGCACAAGCGAGGGGGUAGCCUGCCCACUCAUCAUCAGACCCACGGCUCAAGGCUGCGGCUAUACCAGGUGUCCCCAGCGGACUCCGGUGAAUAUGUGUGCAGCGUUCUGAGCAGCUCUGGACCUCUGGAGGCUUCCGUCCUGGUCUCCAUUACAGCUGCCUCUAAUGUCCACGCCCCUGGUGGAGUCCCGCCCAUCCGCAUCGAGACCUCCUCCUCCCGAGUGGCUGAGGGGCAGACCCUGGAUCUAAGCUGUGUGGUUCCCGGGCAGGCCCAUGCCCAGGUCACCUGGCACAAACGUGGAGGCAGCCUGCCCGCCGGGCACCAGGUCCAUGGCCACAUACUGAGGCUGAAUCGUGUGUCCCCAGCGGACGCUGGCGAGUACUCAUGCCAAGUGACUAGCAGCUCAGGUACCCUGGAGGCUUCUGUCCUCGUCACCAUCGAGGCCUCUGAACCCAGCCCUAUCCCUGCCCCGGGACUGGCCCAGCCCAUCUAUAUAGAGUCCUCCUCCUCCCAUUUCGCUGAAGGGCAGACUGUGGAUCUGAAAUGCGUGGUGCCAGGGCAAGCCCAUGCCCAGGUCACGUGGCACAAACGAGGGAGCAGCCUGCCUGCCCAACACCAGACUCAUGGCUCCCUGCUGAGGCUCUACCACGUCUCCCCUGCUGACUCCGGCGAGUAUGUGUGCCAAGUGGCUGGUAGCUCCCACCCCGAGCACGAGGCUUCCUUCAAGAUCACAGUAACCACCAGUGCAGGGUCUUCCUACCGCCUCAGAAGCCCUGUCAUCUCCAUUGAGCCACCCAGCAGCACGGUACGACAGGGCCAAGAUGCCAGUUUCAAGUGUCUUAUCCACGAGGGAGCAACGCCCAUCAGCCUUGAGUGGAAGAUUCGGAACCAAGAACUGGAGGACAACGUCCACAUCAGCCCCAACGGCUCCAUCAUCACCAUCGUGGGCACCCGGCCCAGCAACCAUGGAGCCUAUCGCUGCGUGGCUUCCAAUGCCUAUGGUGUGGCCCAGAGUGUCGUCAAUCUCAGUGUGCAUGGGCCCCCUACGGUGUCUGUGCUCCCUGAGGGUCCUGUGCAUGUGAAGAUGGGGAAGGACAUCACCCUGGAGUGCAUCAGUUCUGGGGAACCUCGCUCCUCCCCGCAUUGGACCCGACUCGGCAUCCCUGUCAAGUUGGAGCCGCGGCUGUUUGGGCUCAUGAACAGCCACGCGAUGCUGAAGAUCGCAUCAGCGAAACCAUCAGACGCAGGCACCUAUGUCUGCCAAGCCCAGAAUGCUCUAGGCACAGCCCAGAAGCAGGUGGAGUUGAUUGUCGAUGCUGGCACAGUGGCCCCAGGUUCUCCCCAGGUCCGAGUUGAAGAAGCGGAGAUGACCUUGGAGGCUGGACACACGGCCACUCUACACUGCUCGGCCACAGGCAACCCCCCGCCCACCAUCCACUGGUCCAAGUUGCGUGCCCCACUGCCCUGGCAGCACCGGAUAGAAGGCAACACACUGGUCAUUCCCCGGGUGGCCCAGCAGGACUCAGGACAGUACAUCUGUAAUGCCACCAACUCUGCUGGGCAUGCUGAAGCCACCGUCGUCCUGCACGUGGAGAGUCCUCCAUAUGCCACCGUAAUUCCAGAACACACCUCAGUGCAAUCAGGGAAACUGGUUCAGCUGCAAUGUCUGGCUCACGGUACGCCCCCACUCACCUACCAGUGGAGCCUCGUGGGUGGCGUCCUCCCUGAGAAGGCUGUUGCCAGGAACCAGCUACUGCACCUGGAGCCCACGGGCCCUGCAGACUCUGGCCGCUACCGCUGCCAGGUCUCCAACAGGGUGGGCUCUGCAGAGGCCUUUGCUCAAGUCCUGGUCCAAGGCUCCUCUGGAGAUCUCCCUGACACUUCCAUCCCGGUAGGAUCCACACCCACUGUGCAAGUCACUCCUCAGCUGGAGACCAGGAACAUAGGGGCCAGCGUUGAGUUCCACUGUGCUGUGCCCAGUGAGCGUGGCACCCACGUUCGUUGGCUCAAGGAGGGCGGUCAGCUGCCUCCUGGACACAGUGUACAAGACGGAGUCCUCCGAAUCCAGAACUUGGACCAGAGCUGCCAAGGGACAUAUGUUUGUCAGGCCCAUGGGCCUUGGGGACAAGGCCAGGCCACUGCCCAGCUUAUUGUGCAAGCCCUGCCCUCAGUGCUUAUCAACGUCCGCACCUCGGUGCACUCUGUGGUAGUCGGCCACUCUGUGGAGUUCGAGUGCUUGGCCCUGGGUGACCCUAAGCCUCAGGUGACAUGGAGCAAAGUUGGAGGGCGCCUACGGUCAGGCAUCGUGCAAAGCGGAAGCGUCAUCAGGAUUGCCCAUGUGGAGCUGGCUGAUGCAGGACAGUACCGCUGUGCAGCUACCAACGCAGCCGGCACCACCCAGUCCCACGUGCUGCUGCUGGUACAAGCCUUGCCCCAGAUCUCAACUCCCCCGGAGAUCCGAGUGCCUGCGGGUUCUGCCGCUGUCUUCCCGUGCAUGGCUUCAGGCUACCCAACGCCUGCCAUCUCCUGGAGCAAGGUGGAUGGUGACCUGCCACCCGACAGCCGUCUGGAGAACAAUAUGCUGAUGCUACCAUCAGUUCGCCCUGAGGAUGCCGGCACGUACGUGUGCACUGCCACCAACCGGCAGGGCAAGGUCAAAGCCUUCGCCUAUCUGCAGGUGCCAGAGAGAGUGGUACCCUACUUCACCCAGACACCCUACUCCUUCCUGCCACUUCCCACCAUCAAAGAUGCCUACAGGAAGUUUGAAAUCAAGAUCACCUUCCGGCCAGACUCUGCGGAUGGGAUGCUGCUGUACAACGGGCAGAAGCGGAUCCCAGGGAGUCCCACCAACCUAGCCAACAGACAACCGGAUUUCAUCUCCUUUGGCCUCGUGGGCGGAAGGCCUGAGUUCCGAUUUGAUGCGGGCUCUGGCAUGGCCACUAUCCGCCACCCCACACCUCUGGCCCUAGGCCAGUUCCACACUGUGACCCUGCUACGAAGCCUCACUCAAGGAUCUCUGAUUGUGGGCAAUUUGGCCCCUGUCAACGGGACCUCCCAGGGCAAGUUCCAAGGUUUAGACCUGAAUGAGGAGCUGUAUCUGGGUGGCUAUCCUGACUACGGGGCCAUCCCCAAGGCUGGGCUGAGUAGCGGCUUCGUAGGCUGUGUACGUGAGCUGCGCAUCCAAGGCGAGGAGAUUGUCUUCCAUGAUGUCAACCUCACAACACACGGCAUCUCCCACUGCCCUACUUGCCAGGACCGACCCUGCCAGAAUGGGGGCCAGUGCCACGAUUCUGAGAGCAGCAGCUACACGUGCGUCUGCCCUGCUGGUUUCACCGGCAGCCGCUGUGAGCAUUCGCAAGCCCUGCACUGCCACCCAGAGGCCUGUGGGCCCGACGCCACCUGUGUGAACCGGCCAGACGGUCGAGGCUACACCUGUCGCUGCCACCUGGGCCGCUCAGGGGUGAGGUGUGAAGAAGGUGUAACGGUGACCACCCCAUCGAUGUCUGGUGCUGGGUCCUACCUGGUACUCCCGGCUCUCACCAAUACGCACCAUGAGCUUCGCCUGGACGUAGAGUUCAAACCACUGGAACCCGAUGGGAUCUUACUGUUCAGUGGGGGCAAGAGCGGACCUGUGGAAGACUUUGUGUCCCUAGCGAUGGUUGGUGGCCACCUGGAGUUCCGCUAUGAGUUAGGGUCAGGUCUGGCUGUCCUGCGGAGCCAUGAGCCACUGGCUUUAGGACGCUGGCACCGGGUGUCUGCCGAACGUCUGAACAAAGAUGGCACCCUGCGGGUGGAUGGAGGGCGCCCUGUGUUACGCUCUUCACCAGGAAAGAGCCAGGGCCUCAACCUGCACACCCUGCUCUACCUGGGUGGUGUGGAGCCCUCUGUACAGCUGUCCCCAGCCACCAAUAUGAGUGCUCACUUCCGUGGCUGUGUGGGUGAGGUGUCUGUGAAUGGCAAGCGGUUGGACCUCACCUAUAGCUUCCUGGGCAGCCAGGGUGUGGGCCAGUGCUAUGACAGCUCCCCGUGCGAGCGCCAGCCCUGCCGGAAUGGCGCCACGUGCAUGCCCGCGGGUGAAUAUGAGUUCCAGUGCCUUUGUCAAGAUGGCUUCAAAGGAGACCUUUGUGAACAUGAGGAGAACCCUUGCCAGCUCCAGGAACCUUGUCUGAAUGGUGGCACCUGCCGGGGUGCCCGUUGCCUCUGUCUGCCUGGCUUCUCUGGUCCACGCUGUCAACAAGGCGCUGGAUAUGGCAUAGUGGAGUCAGACUGGCACCCUGAAGGCAGUGGGGGCAAUGAUGCCCCUGGGCAGUAUGGAGCCUACUUUCAUGACAACGGCUUCCUGGGUCUCCCUGGCAACAGCUUCUCAAGGAGCCUGCCUGAAGUACCCGAGACCAUUGAAUUCGAGGUUCGGACCAGCACAGCCAAUGGCCUCCUGCUCUGGCAGGGUGUGGUGAGAGAGGCCAGCCGCAGCAAGGACUUCAUUAGCCUUGGACUACAGGAUGGCCAUCUUGUCUUCAUCUACCAACUGGGAAGUGGGGAAGCCCGUCUUGUCUCUGAAGACCCCAUCAAUGACGGCGAGUGGCAUCGGGUAACGGCGCUGCGAGAGGGCCAGAGAGGCUCCAUCCAGGUAGACGGUGAGGAGCUGGUCAUCGGCCGGUCCCCGGGUCCUAACGUGGCAGUCAACACCAAAGACAUCAUCUACAUUGGCGGUGCCCCGGAUGUGGCCACACUGACCAGGGGCAAGUUCUCCUCUGGCAUCACAGGCUGUAUCAAGAAUCUGGUGCUGCACUCGGCCCGGCCUGGAGCCCCACCCCCACAGCCCUUGGACCUGCAGCAUCGUGCCCAGGCAGGAGCCAACACACGUCCCUGCCCCUCAUAGGCACCCGCCUGCCUCUCACGGACUCCUGGGCAGCACCCAGCCUGACAGUGUCGAGUAUAUUAUUAUUAAUAUUAUUAUGACUUUUUGUAAGAGACUGAGGCAAUGCCACGCUUUGCUGCUACCACCCUGGGCUGGACUGGAGGGUGGGUGCACCAGCUCCUCCACACACACGUGGGCAGAGCCCCGAGGCUGGUGGGCAGGACAAGGGGACUGGAAGAGGUUUCCUCAGAAGGCUCCGGGGACUCGGAGUCAGGCAUCGUGACUGGUAGGGCUCAGAACUGUUCCCACUCCUUCCCCUGCUUCAAAGUCGGGCUGGGCGGCCCAUUUCAGCAGUCCUCGUGGACAGUCCCAUGGCUGCGAGUGCCAACCUCAGUCAUCACCUGGUACCUCACUGUCAAACUGAUGAGGGGUGUGGCCAUGGACUGGGCCAAGGUUCUGAGAACAGAAGGCAGCUCACCCCCUCCCCCCACGGCCACAAACCAUCCCAGCCUCCUCCACACCCACCCAGCCAGAGGUCCCUUGUCCCUGGCAGCCUCUCCACUUACCCAGCCCUCCUCCACAUGCAUUCCCCCCCCCCACCCUCACCCCCACACACAGCCCAAGGUCCUGCCCUCAGGAGCUGCAGGGAUUCCAACUCUUUCCCAGAACUGCUAGGCAGAGCCCAGCAAUGAGGUCCCACCACACCAGGCCACACACCCCACUCUUCUGGAGGUGAAGGCCCAGGGUGUGGGGAAGCAGGAAUCAGGAACACUAGUGGCUUGGUGGGGACAGCUGAGACCUCAGCUUGGGAAGGCGAGGAGGGAAUCAUGACAGACCUGCCCAUCUGGGAGCCCGAGGACCCAAGAAAGGAGUAAGCAGGCCCAGACUGUGGCUCUUGGGUCCUAGGGGAAACCCUCUGUGGUCUUUCUCUGAUUUUUUUUUCUUAAUAAACGGUGCUAUCCCCGCUA